CCCCUGGUAGACGGUCGCCGAUUAACAUUUCCCAAAAGAAAAGCAAACCUAGUGCCCGCACGAGCUCGGGGAGGAGCCAAGCUCUCCGGCCGGUGCGCCAUGGGAAUGGCCAAGCUCUCCGGCCGGUCCGCGAGCCUCCGUGCGGCGCCGGCCUCCUCCCACGAGCGCAGCAGCUCCGCCUGGAUCUGGGGAGGGGGUCGUGGGUUGUGUGCUGGCCGAUGGGGCGCGGCCACGGGGGGCGCCGCCGGUGUGGAUCAGACGGAGGCCGUGGGUUUCGCCAGAGAUGAGAUGAGGUGAGGCCCGUUACGUUCUCCGGCGCCGCCUGUCUCCUCCCCGGAACCAACUCCGACUCCGAAACAGACUCGUGCUCCCGUCUACACAAACGCUCUCGCGCGCCCCGCCCCGCCCCGCCUGUCUCCUUCCCGUCCGCGAUUUGGUUUCGAGGAUGUCUAAGCGACGACGCCGGGGCGAGGAGGGUGAGGCCCGCUGCCAUGACCGCAGCGGCAACAAGCACAAGAGCCUCUAUCUGGUUCUAGACGACUGGCACAGGGGCUUCACCAUCCGCAAGCUUGACGCUGGCAGCCCUGACCUAAGCACCCCCCCUGUCGUCCGGCUAGUGUCACCUGCGCGUAACCUUCCCAUGGACUUUGCAGCACUGGGCGGCAACAUCAUAGCCACCAGCAACCAAUAUGCUGCCACCGUGGUUUUCGACACGGAAACUGCCGCUCUGGCCAUGGGCAAUCCCCUCCCUGAUUCACUCCUCGAUGCGGCAAACUACUUUCUCACCGCCGGCGACGCGCUGUUUGCGUUCGCCUACUACUUCAUGAGGCGGCCUCAGUCCUUUCACGUCCUGACCACCACCAAGGACGACAUGAACAAUUUGUGCCCAAGCACUGACAGGUCCUGGAAAAGCAUGCCGGCACCCUUCACCAAGGAUGAAAAGAUCAACUCCUACGCCCUUCACCCGGACGGGCACACCAUAUUUGUGUCUUCGUACACCAGCGAUGUCAUCGCUGGCACCUUCUCCUUUGACACCAAGAACCGUGAGUGGAGGCGCCAUGGGGAUUGGAUGCUCCCUUUCGAACUUGAAGGCUACUUCGACGCCGAGCUAGAUGCAUGGGUUGGGCUACACCCAGAUGGCUACAUCUGCUCCUGCCAAGUUCCCUCCCUCGGCAGCAGCAGCAGCACACUGCAGCAGCCCAAAUGGAAGAUGGCCAAGGAGCACAAGAUGUGGAACCCAUGGCAUCAGUUGGCUAGAGGGCGAGGACCUACUCUCACCUACAUGGGCAACUCCAGGUUUUUCCUUGUUGAUUGCGUGGCGGCCGAUGGUUUAGAGUUCCAGGAUGCUUUUGGUGACUCUUGUGGCUGCGUGCUCAGCAUGACCACGUUUCGUCUCAGCUACAAUCGUGAGGGAAAUCUGAAAAUCAAAGACAGGAAGACUACCUCUUGUCGCGUGUCUAAGCAACUCUCGACCUUCUCCCCCGUGGCCUUCUGGAUGUAGCUACAGCCAAGGAAACUGCUCAUGCUGCUUUUAAUUUAUUUAGCUGUAUGUAAUGCAUACUAGUUAUGUUCAUCGUCCUAUCUGUAAAUUACUCCCUCCAUUUUUCUAUAUACAAGGCCACUUUGUAAAUUGGGUCCAACCCUGACCAUCGAUUUGAGCAACAAAAUAUAUGUUAUAGGCCACACAAAGCAUAGGCAUAUAACAUAUAUUUUGUUGCUCAUAUUGAUGAUCAAAGUUAAACCCAAAUUAUGAAAUGGCCUUGUAUAGAAAAAGAGAGGGAGUAUGAUUUGAAUCAAUAAAAAGCAAACCGGUUAUUGUGUGGAA